AUGGUGGACCCUGUGGUGGUUCUGUUGGCGGCGGACGACGGCACGGUGAACUUCCACUUCUGCCGGGGGACCCACGAAGCUACGGAAGGUGACCACAACCUCCCGGCGCCGGCGAGUUCCCGGCAGCCAGCGCCGCUGCGGAUCAAGACGCCAGCUUCCUUUGAAAUGUCGCCCGCCUCACCGGUGCUGGAGCGGGCGAGCCCCAGCCAAAACGCGCAGCAGGGGGUGCUGAUCCCGCCGGAGUCGCGGCAUGCUGUGAGCACCUUUCAGGCGGGGGUGACAGUCUUCAAGGCGGUGGUGGGUCCUGGCACGCUCUUCCUGCCCUCCGCAGUGAAGAACGCGGGCCUUGUGACGGCGCUCUGCGUCAGCCUGGGCGCGGGUGUAGUGUCAACCUGGUGCAUGUUGCUGGUCCUGGAAUCGGCGGACAUCCUCCGAAGGAAGAACCGGGACAUCAAGACGUUGGGGGACAUCGGCUUCGAGGUCUACGGACCCAUGGGCCAGCUGGUGGUGGACAUCGCCGUGGUUGUCAGCCAGCUGGGCUUUUGCACCGCCUACUGCGUCUUUGUGGCGGAGAACGUGCAGGCCAUCGUGUUCGAAGCGGUCGGGGGCAUGGUGGGUAGCGACGAGAAGCGCAAGUGCAGCCUCAGCGGCUUUUUGGCCAGCGAUAUGCUGGUGUACUACAUCAUCCUGAUGUGCAUCCCUCUGCUGAUCCCAGUGACCUGGCUGCGGCAGCUGAAGUACUUCGCGGUGACCAACACCUUGGCCUCCCUGCUGGUGGUGGUCUCUGUGCUCUUCAUGUUGAUCGCCCUGGUGAAACGCUACGUAGAAGUGGGCCCGGAAGGCGGCGAGCUGGAGCUCUACAACCUGCACGGCACCCUGGUCUACGUGGGUGUCGCCAUGUAUGCCUUCGAGGGCGUUGGGGUGCUGUUGCCCGUGCAGGAGUCCAUGGCCGAGCCGCACAGGAUGCCUGAGGUGGUGUGCUGGACGCUGUCCCUGGCUUGCCUCCUGCAGGUGGUCUUUGCCUCGCUGGCCUACUUGAACUACCGGCAGCACACGGCCUCUAUUGUGACCAUCUCCCUGGCGGACGGCCACAUCAUGGGUGGCAUGGGCGCGGUGAUUGCGGUGCAGGUGGCCUGGGUGGUGGAGGUGUUGCUCACCUUCCCGCUGCAGCUCUUUCCGGCGGUCCGCAUCCUGGACACGCGGGGCGCAACAGCUGGGCGGGGCCGGGGCCGGGGCUUGGGGAGGCGCUCGUAG